AUGGCAGCAAAUAUUCAAGAACAGCUUGGAGCUCAGCUUCUUCGGGCUGCACAGGUCAUGGAAGAGCAACUUGAUCAGGAAAUGAACAAGCUUGAAAAUCUUGAUGAAGACGACUUGGAAGCAAUUCGUCGACGCAGAAUUGAGCAAAUAAAAAAAGCGCAAAAAGAUAAAGCCGAAAUGCUUUCGAAUGGGCAUGGAAAGUACGAGGAAGUUGCCGAUGAGAAGGAAUUUUUCGAAGCGACCAAAAAAAGCAACAAAGUUGUUUGCUUGUUCUACUUACCAGGAAAUUUCAGAUGUAAAAUUGUUGACAAACAUUUCGAAAUUCUUGCAAGAAAACAUGUUGGCACACGUUUUAUUCACGUAAAUGCCGAGAAGGUGCAGUUUUUGGUUACUCGUCUCAAUAUUCGCGUGAUUCCAACAAUCGCCAUCGUUGUGAAUCAACAGACCAUUGAUUACAUUCGUGGUUUCGAUGAUUUGGGAGGAAAGGACGAGUUCACAACCGAGGUUUUGGAGAAUCGACUUGCUCGAAGUGAGGUGAUAACCGUGGAAAAACGGGUUGCUCCACAACAGAAGAAGAAGAUCAUCCGAUCAGGAGUCGAUGAAUACGACAACGAAGAGGAUUGGUAG